AAAAAUAUCUAAGCCGAGAUCCAAUUGCUACAUUCUGUACACUCUGCGGUUCGUACCACAUCAACAUUCUUAUUGUUUAAAACACCCAACUCACUUUGUUUGUUUUUAAAUACCCAAAUACCUACCUAUUUGCGUCUCUAGAUGUAUUCUCGUGAAAUCAGUGAACUUUUCCUUUGUGAUAAAAAGUAAAAGGCGGCAAGACAAAUGUCACGACGUGAACAUGUAUAAAAAGAUAUCCGACUGAAGGUUUUUUUCAUAAAAAGUUUAGUGCAGAAUGCGUCUAUGGCUCUAUCAGCGAAUAACGUGUUUCAGUUUUUUACUAACAGUGUCUCGUCUGUUCUAACAGGGAAAAACCUGGUGAAUCAGGAAGCCAAAUUCCAAAGUAAACUCAAUGAACUCACGAAGGAGCUUGCAAUCCGAGAUGCUGAAGCACACAAACUCAAAUUUCAGAUGGAAGAACUCCAAAGGGAUGCUUUUGCUAAAUCCGCUGGAAUGGAUAGGUUAGAAUCAGAAUUAAAAGAAGCACAAAAAGAAUGCGAAACUAUCGGUCGGACCAUACGAAUAUUGGAAAAUGACCUCGAAAACCAAAAGAAACGCAACAUAUUAAUAAAUCGAGAAUUAGAAGAAAAAACUGAAUCGUUUAGUAUAUCAGAAAAAGACUACAAAUCCAAAAUAGAAUACCUGGAAAACGUUAUAGGAGAACUUCGAAAGCGAAUAGAGAGCUUAGAAGAACAAAUACGGAUCCUCCAAGAAGAAAAACUCCAACUAACCAAACGCCAAGAAGAAAUAUUUCUCGAGAGAGAUGAAAAAACCAAACAAAUUACCGAUAACCUCGAACAGGCACAGAAACAGAAAGAACAACUGGAGGAAAAAUGGAAGAAAGACUUUGAGAAUCUCAGAACGGUAAAUAUGGUUAGGGAGCAGGAGAUGUUGGAAGAUUUCGAGUGGAAGCUAAGAGAUGUACAGCAGAACUGCAAGAAAAAGAUCGAUGAGAAAGAAGAAAUUUUACAGAUGUCUCUCACACAUUCACAGAAUAAGGAAAAAGAGACCGAAGAGUUAACCAAAAAGAUGGAAAGUCUGAUACUACUAGAAAAAGAACUAAACGAACUGAGAGAAAAAACUAGCGACCAAAACAAACUAAUGAAAAACAUGUACGACGAGCACGAACAAAUGCAGCAAAACGAAGAAAAUCUCAAAAACGAAGUCAAAAAACUGAGAAACAUGAUUGAUCUCGAAAAAGAAAACCUACAGCACAUGCAACGGCUACAUCACCAAGAAAUCUUAGAUAAAGAGAGGAAACUGCAACAAACACUAAACGAGAAGAAGGUGGAGAUUGCCAUCUACUGGGAGGAAAAGCUACUGAAUGAGAUUUCAAGACUGAAGGAUGAGCUGGAGCAGGUUUACAUUGAGGAAAAGAUUACGGCUAUUGAAAACGUUAAGAGGAAUAAGGAUGAGUGCUUUCAGAAGGCACAAGCGCAGUGGGAAAAGAAAUACGUGGAGUAUUUAAAUGAGGUUCACACCUUACAAAAUGCACUGGAAGAAAAAGAUAAGUUCUACAAAGAUGAAAUUGUAAAACAGCAAUCUAUAACAGACCAAGACAUUUUUGAACUAAGAAGAUUAAUGGAUAAGCUAGAUAUGUCACAUCACGACAAAUAUGAGAAGUUAACCCAAAAACAUGAAGCAGAAUUAGAAAGAAUGAAGGAAGAAUAUGAAAAAAUGAUGGAAGAUAGAGAACAGUAUUGGAAAUCAGAAAUAGAUACACUAAACUCAACGAUAACAAACAUGAGGUUACAAGUAGAAGACGAAAACCAAGAAAAAUUAAAAGUUCUUAUUCAAAGUCAUCAAAGUGAAUUGGAAGAACAGUGGGAGAACCUCAUUCAACAGAAAAAGGAAGCCAUCCAAUUUCUGGAAGAAAAAUACAUAGCCAAAUGCGUCCAGCUAGAAGACCAACUUAACCAGCUCCAAAAAUCUCACAGUGCCCGUGAAGUAGAGCUUUUAAAGACUGUAGAUUCCCUCAAGAACGAAGUGCAAAGCAAAGAAUCUAUCAUACAAGAUAUGCAGAGUAAUAUGGAUAUGCUAGAAGGUGGUAUCCAGGUGCUGAACAAGGAGUUAGCCGAACAGAAUGAUGUCAUGAUGAAGGAGAAAAAGGAAUCCGAACAAAAACUAAGAAAUAUUUUGGUUAAAAUUGCCAAAAUUCAAGAGGAUAACGAGAAGGAACAAGAAGCAUAUAGACUAAAGUUUAUAAAUUCCCAGAAAAACUAUCAACAAUCCAUAGACCACAUGCAAAGAAAGUACCAGUGUCUAACAAAAUUAUUCGAGGAGGUCAGACAAAGGUACGAACGCAGAGAAUCCCGUCAAGAGGACAUAAACACCAUCUCCGAUCUCAAACAGAUCAUUACCGAACAGGAAAAAGACCUUAACUGCCUCAACGAAGAAAAACGUUACUUCCAAAUGAAGCUGAUGGCUUUGGAGCAUUCUUUCGACCAGAAGGGUUCCUCAGAAGACGAAUCUCUCAAGGACGAUUUGACAAUAACGGAAUCCAAUAUGACUGAUUUGUCUUACGAAUCAAGUAAGAAUCAUUUGAUGCAGGAUGGUCACGAAUUAGUGCCCAUGACUGGCCCAAUCGGUUUAACUGACCUAAGUCAGCAAGUCAGUUAUAUCUCCAUUCCUCCCACGAUACAGGAAUGCGACGAAUAAUGUUUUUUUUUCUAUAUUUUAUGUUAGGUUACAAUAUUGCUCAUGUACAUCUCUAGCAUUGAAUAAAUAGUUUUGUUUUUCACCUUGGAUAAAAUAUUAUUUACUUAGAGUAGUUCAUUAGAAUUUUGUAUUUGUUUAUUAGAUUUUUUUUUCUUCAACAAUUUUUGUCUUUAAGCUUUUUCUUGCAGACGAUUGAGUUAGUAAUUUGAGGUGUACAUGGGUAUCAAUCUCACUUAUUUAUUUGUAUAUCUUUGAAUAAACCACUAUUUUAUAAUUU